AUGGCGACGAUUUCAGCGUCGCUCUCUGUGCUUCUCGCCGUUUCCGGGCCGUUCGCUUUCGUCGAACCAUCGUCAUUAUCUUCAUCGUCACGUUUGGGUGUAGCCCACGCAGGGUUGAACAAAAAAGGCAACAACAACGCGUACGAGGAGAUGAUGAAACAGAUGGAAGCUGAAAACGCAAAGGCAGGGGGAGGGAGCAUGUCCGCGGAAUCGCUCUUCAAAGAAUCCGGAGGCGCGUGCGGACCAGGGUACGAGAUGCGGGUGAAACUAGUCACGGGGGCGGAGUGCGAGUGCGUUGAACCGGAACUCUGCACGCGAGAGGGCGAGAUGACCGCCGAGGAACGCUCGUACGGCAAGAAACCAAAACCGAGCGAAAACAGCAACGGGGAAGGAGGAGGAGAAUCGAAGAAGGAGAUGAUGAGUUCCGACGGCGGGAUUCAGUUUACGUUUAAUAACUGA